CCCUGGCCCCAGUCUCUGUUCACGAAUCUACCUACCUCCAUCAACGUAUGGAUAUUAUAUGUACUGCAGGACGGAGCGAAUUGCUGUGAAACCAAUUGAAGUCUUUUGGGGGGUAAACUCGAUAUGUUGGACCACCGGACGACACGAUUUCGACUUUUUAAAGUCCUCGUGAUUGCGCACAUCUUUAUUGCUUGUUUUCCAUUAUUUCAAUCCGCGUCCGGUGAUCGAUCGCGCACGUUAGCCGCUUAUCGCAGAUUGAAAUGGAGGGAACCGGCUCCCAACUUUAGAGCAUUCGAACACGAUGACAAUGGUAAAUUGUUAUUGGAUACCGAACCGAUCUACAACGCUGCGAUAAAUGAGAAUGUAAAUUAUGGUCUUCGACGAUCCGCACCUCCGACUACUCUUUCCCGGUCACAUCGCAGACAAUCGAAUUUCAAGAAAACUGAACCGGAGAGCAAAAAACGUGAUUUAAAUGUGAAUAUGAACAAUAACGUUCCCCAGAACUCCGACAUCGCGAGCCUCUUGGGCCACGUAACGUACAAGGACUCGGGUAAAGAUUCAACGGUCAGUGGGCUCGAAGCCAAAUUGUACGGCUGCGUCGUCUUUCGUGGUAAUAUAAUCAAAGUCUUCGGACAAAUACUCAAUGCUCCGAACAACGGAUUGACAAUCGACCAGUAUUCUUCGCUCAAUCUGAUACUUCAAUCGUUGAUACACAAACAUGUCUACAUGUUCAAUCUCUUACCGGUUCUCAAAAAAAUACAAGGUGCGGAUAAGAAGACUCAGUUCAGGGUAGUAAUGCAAGCGUUGGUCAAACAAGUGCCCGUUUAUUUGGCGUGCAGUUGCAAAUUUUGGGUGAACCAGAUCGACGAUAAUCACGUUGACAUCGAGGAGCUUUUGUCUUUCAUCGAAGAGCCUGCAGACUUUUUGACAGACAUAGAUCCAGAGGUGAUUGAUACGUGCAAGAAUAAGGUUGCCGCGGAUGAACUCGAGCCGUUCGACGAAGCUUCUAUAAUUACCAAGAAUACAAUCGGGCCAGUGUUUGUCAACAUAUUCGGUAAGUUGAGGGAUCGCCAAAUGGUAUUAACCCAGAAAUUAUUCGGCGCCAUCUUAGUGAACAUGCCAAUCGCUAAGCUGAAUCCUGUUCUCGAAGAAUACGUCAAUUACAUUUGGGAUAUUACCCAAGAAAAUCAGCUCACAAACUGGAACAAAAUUGUGAACCGGAUUCCUUACGGUAACCCGUAUGAUGUCAUAUUUUCCGCAAUAAUCGAAUUGCUGAAUCGAAAAGACACUUCGGACAUGGAUAGAACUGCAUUGCUGUACAUAUUGUUGCACCUCAAAGACGCUUCGAACGCUGUUCCUGACGAAUACCAUGAAGACAUGGAAAAGCUUUUGGACAAAGAUUUGAAUGUGCCGCUAUUAUUUUCUAUCGUACCGAAUGAUCCGGCCAUCCCAGAAAUGAAUCAACUAAAGACCAAAAUGAUUGCUUAUCUUCAACGAACGAAUAAGGAUAUUUUGCAGCGUAUCAACAAAUACGUUUACAAUAAACCACUUGAUUUAUUGAUCGCCUUGUUGACCAGAAUACAAGGGACGAUUGUGAAGCACGAAAUAAAAACUGUAGCGUCAAAGCUACUGUCAAUCUUGACGUCCAAACGUGAACUGGAUAUUUUUGGGCUCAGUGUAUCCCCAAAUAUAGAUUUCCUCACUCUACUUAAAUUCCUAGAAAUAGAGGACCCUUAUUUCGAUAAGACCGUACUAGUUAUGCAACUUGAAAACUAUUUCAAAAGUGAUUUAGAUGCUCCGAUGAUUCUACAGUCAAUUAUCCUGAACGAAGAUAAGAACAAUUGCAAUCGUCCAAUGCAAUGCUUGCUGAAUGUAUUUGUGGACGCUCUCAAGAUGCAAGAUGCCGAUCACAUCAACAUGCCAUCCAGCGUGGUAACGAUCAUAAAAGAAUUAGUCAAAUCUGUCGUUACGACGAUGAACAAUUCCGUUGAGUGCUAUCAUGACGUUACUUACGUUGAGUGUCCAAAUCCUCCAAACAACUCGAUCGAUCUUGAUUACCAAUCGACAUCGAACGUUACACAGACUACCGGCGAUAUGAUUUUCGAGUCUUCGAAUCCUACAAUACCAAGUCUUCCACCAAUAUCAACCGACUACCAAGAGCCAAUUCACAAACCUGAAUAUCCCAAUGAAUCUGACAAUGAAUCGUUCCUUCAGACGACGAUAACACAUGAACCGUUGGAAGAAUUUUCUCAGCCCACAUUGUCAGUGAACAGCCCAAUAAACCCUGACGGUUGGUCCGAGCAUCCGUUACUGGUGGACACUACGGAACAGACGCCUAUGCCCACUUACGUUUCGAAACCAUCAGCAAUACCGGAAGCGGACACGAAGCCAAAGCCGGUAUCGAUAUCGAAACCCAAGCCCUCUUUACCGAAACCAAAGCCGCCGUCAACAUUGAAACCCAAACCACGACCACCGUUCGGACCGGUUGAGAAACCUUCCCCGAUUUUCACUAUCAUUCAAGGAUUCAGACCACCGCUCAUACCGGUGGUCAUGUCACCGAUACAUUUUUCGAACAAAAAACCUAUGUUCAGGCCACCAGCUCUGCCACCGACAAUCGCACAAGAUUUUGUACCAGAAGACCAAGCACAAAAUGAAUAUACGGAAAUGGGGCCUCAGUUCCAGCCAAUUGGAGAUGGGCCAGUAUUACCACCAAAUAUUUACUACGAUCAAGAAAUCUUCAUCGUGUUUCCAUCAGAUGAUGCGCCACCGUACAUUGUACCAGAGAAGCCCAGAGUGCCGGGUGAUUUCGGGCAUAUAAUUGAGUUUCCUUCUAUCAAGGCAUUGUUGAAGGGUUUUUCGGCUGGAAAACAAUUCGAAGCAAACGAACUCCCUGAUUUACCAGCGAUAUUCAGACCCCUUGAACAAAUGUUCGGUCCUGAUUUCGUCGAAGAGAUACUGGGGAAGGAUGUCGAUAAGUUCAAAUAUCCAACGACGGUGUCGUUGAUAGACGACCUACUAGAACAUGCCCUGGAACACCCGAAAGUAUUGGAAAACACCGAAUUAGCGCUACUGAUACAACUUUAUCUGAAGGGUAUAGAUUACUUGAGCACCACAGCACUGUUUCCCGUUGUUGUCGAUUCACGAAAAAUCCUGUCAGACGUACUGCAUGUGACUUUUGAUCCAAAUAAUCCGAACGCGAACAGCGUCGAUUCGGAACCCCCGCGAAAAAUCCCUCCCGGAUUUACGACGCUGUCAAUUUACCACCCGAAAUACUGGGUGCAGCUAGUGGAUCCGGUUAAUCCGUAUGGUACGUUGCUCCCAAAUUUUGAGGGAGAUGAGGAUAAUCCCAUCCAGAAGCUGAUGAACGAUGGUUCGGCUGUUCAAGAAAUUUUGGGUCCGAAUUUUGAUCCUCUUACGUAUCCCAACAAGGGCACAUUGUUAACCGCCGUACUCCAGAGACUCAUGCUUUCGAAUCAGGUGAAAUCAGAGCCAUUGUUGAUGAGGGAGUUGAACGCAUACUUGGAGAGCAUCAGAACAAUAGCACUUUUCAGCAAAGUUCCGAACGAUUACUACAAUCAUUUUCGCGAGUUUCAACGGAGUAAUAAACCCAACUGGCAACCGGAUACCGCGAGUUUAAUCAAAGCGUUACCACCACCGCAUAAUCAGAGUGAUCUGCAAAAAAUCAAUGCCAUAAAAUCUUUCCUCGGGACGCCAAAUCUGCUCGAAUCGUUGAGGAUCGACAUCCCGUCGUAUUACACGACACGCGGAGCCUUACUGAAGAUGAUUUUCCAAGCUGCGUCUCAGGGUGACAAGUUGCCCUUGGACCCCAAAGUUAUGGCUGCUCUGAAGUACUACCAGAACAAAAUUCUCACCAGAGGAAACGGCGCCUUACCCAUCGUUUGGACUUGGGUGGGAAUGGUCAUCCUCCGCGAGGAAAUACCACUCGGCGAAGUGAUAGAAACGGUUCUCGAUUACGAUACUUUACCUGCCAAUGUACGACCGGACUACAACGAGCUGAUGACUUAUUUGUCCGAAAAUCCCAAUCUGCUUCGAGAAAACGACGAUUUUGCCUUCGAUCGAUAUCACACCAAGGGUACAUUCCUGAGAGGGUUUUUCAAACAUUUCAUGAAAAAACACAACGUCGCAUCAAAAGCCAAGAAACUGCUGAAAAAGAUAAUUCCUUACAUCGCAAUAACGGGUCGUGGUAUGCAACCGAUGAAUUAUAUGUCAGUCAACGAUAUUGCGAAUAGAAGAAUUGAAAAGAAAGAAUUUUCGGUAUCGCGGAAUGGUUAGCCUCAAACAAUCUUAGCAACGAAGUACGUUUACCUAUGACUCGUUACCAGCUGACACAACAUUUUUAGUUUUUUUUUCAUUCAACUGGCAAGGAACAUCUACGAAGUAUUCGCUUUCGAUUUUGACGAGACUUGUCAUGAAUAUGAAGAGAACCCCAAAAUAA